UAAGAAUACGCAACAUUCUUCUUUUCCUCUAGUUCCGUCGGUAACCAGCUGUUUUGUACCGUCGUUCCCUUUUUCCUUUGGCUGCCUAACCGGCCACCCGAAAGAUGUUCCGAAUUGGAUUAAAAUUUCCGUGCAACGGUCUAAAUAGGGUCAAAAAGCAUGGAUCUUCUAGGCUGUAUUUGACAACUAGAUGUUACGAGACACGUGCACGAGUUAAAUACGACCCGGAAUGUAGAUUUUCCAAGGAUGUGGAGCUUGUAUCCAGAAUAUCUGGACAUAGGUAUUCCACAGAUUCAACAAAGAGGUAUUCAAGCGAGAAAAGUAGAGGCUCGAGAACACUGCUAACUCUAACUGCCGUGGCAAUAGGAGCAUCGGGUGUAUUGUUUUACGCAAAGCAUAACCCGGAAUUCCGUGCAAAUCUUGAAAGUUGGGUACCUGGUACAGACAAAACAAUUCAGAUCAUCUUUCAGGAGGAAUCGUCCUAUUUUGAAUUCAUACGUACAUUCUUUGAAUCGUUAAAGCAAACAUUAUUAAGUGCCAUCUUUGGAGGAGAAUCACAAAAGGAAUCAGGUCAGAAAAGAUUAGAUUGCGCGAACCUUGAAGACUAUAUACCACCAAAGCCAGUUUUUGUACCACUCAUUGAUAAGAAGGAACCACCUAAUAACGAUCCUUAUACCGAAAUAAGAUUAAGUAAAGAAAAAGGAGAAGAAAUCGAAAUCGUGGCCGAAAAACCUCAGCCACCUGCCAAGGAUGUAUCCGAGGAAUUGAUGCCAGUAAAUCUGGUCGAACUGGAAACUUCUGCUGGCGAAACUGCGUCCAAAGCUAUCGCAGCUUAUCAAACAGCAGCGUGUGCUAUUCAAGAUUACAAUCAAGAUGUGAUAAAAGUCGUAGAAAGUGUUAACGCCACCGUUGGUAGCUCUGUCUGGAACAGACUAAAGGAUGCAACGGAAAAGAGGAGGGAGGCCAUUAAAGAGGCGGAAGACCAUGCCAAUCAAGCACUCGAUUCGUUGAAAAAGAUGUAUAAUUUAAUCGACGACCCUAAAUUCGAGGCGCCAUCACACAUGAAAACUGCCGCUCGAAGAAAUAUCAAGAAAAUCUUAGAUGACGUGGACGAAGCGAAGAAAAAGUACGAAAUGGAAAUACAAAGUAGCAAUAUGGCCGAGCGUUACUGGAAGCAAGUCAGAACUGCCCGUGAAAAUCUCAACGAAGAACUUCAGAUACUCUUCCCCGAUAUCAACAUUCACGAGAAAAAAUUGGCCAUCGACGAAGACGCUUUUGACUUAUUCGUUCUACACAUGUAUAACAAAGUGAAUGGUUUGCAAAAGGAAUUGGAAAAAAUGAGGACGGUCAACGAGAGUAAACUCAAGGCAGCAUUAAAAUCAUCGGGCGAUGUAGCGACUCAGGAAAGACUCGACGCCUUGGUAUGCCUCGAGCUGGACAAGGAGAAGCAAGUUCUUCAGGACGAGUUUAACAAAAAGUUGCUGGAAGAGCAGAAAAGAUUCGAGGACGAGAUACGACGGCAGCUGAAACUGCAAGGGCAGGUGCACACCGAUCACAUUCAGGACGCACUUGCGAUAAAGGAACAGGAAGCGGAUAGGAAGUUGAAACGUGCACUCAGCGAGCAAACUGAGAAAGAUUCGUUAAAGUAUAAGUCACAGCUUGCUGCAAUCGUCGGAAGGUUACGUGGUUUGGAAGCUGCGCUGAAAGCUCGCAUGGAGGAAGAAAGAGGUGCAUCGAAUGCUCAAAUUCUUUGGUCAGCUUGCCAAGCCUUGGCUCGAGCUGUUAAAUCAGCGCCAGCAGGUGCGCCCGUAGAGGAAGUCAUCAGGCCUCUGGAACCGGAAAUCAAGGCCGUCACCAAGGCAGCACCCAAAGAGGAUCCUUUGGUGCAAGCAGCGAUUCAAGGCAUUCCAGAGGAGGCUGCGAAGAGGGGAGUGUUCCCAGAAGAUGUGCUUCGUGCAAGGUUCCUUAAGGUGGAAGAGGUGGCCAGACGAUUAGCCAUGGUACCCGAGGAAGGUGCUGCACUGCCUGUCUAUUUCCUUAGUUAUCUUCAAAGCUACUUGAUGAUUAAGAACGCCAAUCCCAUUCCUCAAAGUGAGAUCGAGGACAAGCCGAUUGAUGCGAGCAAUCUUAACACAUUCGAGAUUCUUCAUCGGGCCAGAUAUUGGCUCGAUCGUGGAGACUUCAAGAUGACUCUCCGCUACAUGAACCUCCUGAAAGGAGCGUCAAGAUCCAUCGCCAGAGACUGGAUGAACGAAACUAGGAUCCUUCUGGAGACUCAGCAAGCGGUGGAUACGCUAUUGGCAUAUGCUGGUGCUAUAGGUCUAGUAUUCCUCGGCGCUGGAGAUUCGAAGUGUUCCAGCAAGCCUCACCUGGAAAAAGCCGUGGACCGACGAAGGGGGAGAAUGCUCGCGUGGAAACGUCGUCAAAGAAGAAGAAGAAUUCUCGCGCGGGAACGUCGUCAAAGAAGGCUGAGGACACGUGGAUGGACGUACAACAGCGUUCAGACUGCUAUCGAUCGUAUUCUCGGAUGGAAAUUGUGGGAAGGUGGGAAAAAGACAUCUGGGAUUUCUGCGAAUGCGAAACGAGCGAAAUUUCAGGUUUCUUUGCAGUUAGACUCAAGCUGGAACGAGAAAGCAGGCAAAACGAUCCUUCUGCUGCAGAGAGAUUCGUAGAAUAUUACUAUUACGAUUACGAUUUAACGAAUUUUUAAAAUCUGUACUUCCCGCAAGAACCUUUUCACCGAACUUUUUGGAUAAAAAAUUACCAUCUGCCACAAUGGUGUAUGGUGCCGCGAUGUACGGAUAUUUAAUCAAUAGGAUCAUACGAUAUUUUCACGAAUGAAAAACGAAAAGCAUAAAAUUUUUGCCGAAUACAUUCUGUAUUUUCUUUGGCUAUAAAGUACUGUGUAACGAUUAAGAGAAAUAUUAUUAUUAUUGUUGUUGUUAUUAUUGUAAUAUCGAAAAAUAAGGAUAGAAAUUUUUUUUCGAUUACUUACAAUUUAUUAAUAUUAAAUUGGAUAUACAAAUAUAAAUUGGACAGAGAACGAUAUUUAUUUAACGGAAACUAAGUGCAAUACUCGUAUCUAUAUCAAAUAACUUUACAGUUAUUCGACCACUCUCGUCACAACGAAUCUAACACACACACUCUCUCUCUCUAACAACUCUAUCAAUUCUCACGACUCUACUCUUCGACGACUCAAAACCUCUAACGACUCUACUCUUCGACGACUCAAUUAGCUCUAACGACUCUACUCUUCAACGACUCAAUUCGCUCUAACGACUCUACUCUUCAACGACUCAAUUCGCUCUGACUCUCGCAACACACUCCUGCCCGGUCGUGCUCGUUCUUGCUCUCGUCCUCUCACACACAUACACACUUUUCGGCUCACAUACUCUGGCCUCUCGAUUGCCAUUCCUUGAAAUAUGAAACCGUACCUCUGUUUUGACGCUGCUUAUCCUUUCUCGCGUCGCUGUUACUAGGCGCUCUUGGAUGUAAACAAACCACGAAAGACGACGUACACGGUUUUUUUCUAUUUUCAACCGACCUCUAAUUCAAAUCUAUUCUACGAUAUUACAUUAUUAUUAUUAUUAUUAUUAUUGUUAUUAUCAUUAUCAUUACUAUCACUAUCGCUAUCAUUAUUAUUGUUGUGAUAUACAUAUGAUCUGUUUAAUAAUAAUGUACGAUUGAUAUCAAAGUGUUCAACAGAAAUAGGGAUAAGACAAUUAGAGUGUAGCAGAAGAUGCGUGUUUCCAACAUUUCGAACGAACAAACGGAAGUGUUAAGUCGAGGAUACGUUGCUGUUUCCUGUGAAACGUUUCUAAAAAAUAAAAAAGAGGAAAAAAGAAAUAAGAAAUAAAUAAAAAUAAAUAAAUAAAUAAAGCAUAAAAUGGAAGAAACAAGGAGAAAUGUUAAAAAAUUUUAGGAAGAGGGUUAUCUGUCUUAACGUAGAGAAAUAUGAAAUCUACAUGGUGGAAGGUUAUCUGCAGGAUUAAAAUGUUUUAUUUCGCGUUUCCGAUGGUUAAUCCCGGAUUUAUCACAUACAUACCUACCAUCUGGGGCACCGCUCGUUUCAGACAAACAACCAGAGGACUUUGAAAAAGUUGGCGAGUUCGUGCCGCAGCGACAAAAUCUGAUCAAAAUCUGCUCGUUUCAGACAACAUUGUAGACGUUUCGCGACGAUCGAUGUGCGAAAAUCUUAAACAAGCGAAAAUAGACUUUUUAAGUUGUAAAAGGAAGAAACGUUAGGUAGUGUGUAAAAUAUUUAGGUAUUCGAAAUUUGUUCAUCUUAUUAGCGUUUAAAUUGUAUAUGGUAAUUACAUUAUUUAUAAAUAUUUUGUUUGUUUAUUCAAUUUUUCUUUUAUUUCUUUUGAUAAGAAAGAAACACGAAAAAUGUAUCGGUAUUACUUUUCUAAAAAGAAAUUAAUUAAUGACAAUUUCAGCCAAAAAAGAAUUGUUUUUUACAUCUAUUAAAUAUGAAAAUCAUUUAAUUUAAUAAUAUGGCGUUUGAUAUGAGGUGCGAUAGUAGUCGUGGUGAUAGUGCUACUGCUGGUGUAUGAUACAUGUCGCUGCUGGGGUACUGCUGCUUUCUUCUCAUUAAGGUGUCGUGGAAGAAAAAUCGGACUAUGGGCGCCGACAUUUGAACCCAGGAUCCGAACGUUUGUAAACCAAAGACGCUAACUACUGCGCUGCCGUCGUCCGGUCAUAGUUGUCGUCGAGUGCCGCCACAAAUAUUUUUUUAAAAUAUUGUAAAGUGCCAUUUCGCGGAAGAUUUCGCGCAAACUUUAAUUAUUUCAUCGUAUCUUGUAAGAAUAGCUGCUGAAAAAUUCUAAUUUAAUCUACGAACAUCGUCACAGGAAGUAGCUACGAAUUUUUCAAGUCCACAAACUCUGCAAUAGUGUUACGUUCUCCUUGUAACCAUCCGUUCUAUACAAUUCAAAAUACUAAUUUGUCAUCCUUUUGGUUCGAUAUAAUUGAAAACAAAAAUUCAAGCUUUACCAGCACCAUCUUUGGACGGUUUCAAAUCUAUAAUAUCCCAUAACAACGUCUAUGCCGUCUGAACGAAUUGCUGCUGUUAUAUCUUAACUUUAAAUCAAAUAAUAGAAUAGAUGUCCGAAAAAACGAAAAUGCAAUACUUGGAAUAAUCCUCGAACAUGAAAGAACUUUAAACCAGAUGACUACCCCUUUUGAAACGAGUCACUAACGAGGCUUGCCGAUGAGGUAGGUUUUUCCUACUUCUCACUCUCUCUCUCUCUCUCUCUCUCUCUCUCUCUCUCUCGCCCAUUUCUUCCUUUUCUUUCAUUUGUCUGUUUUUAGUAGAGUUUGAGAGAGCUCAUUUACCACGUGUCAUGCUUCAGAAUGGAAAACUGACGAGAAAAUGUUGCUUCUUCUGUGCUUCUCCUUUACUUGCUGAUGAUGAAGCGUUUAGGUUAGUCGAAUAGUUAAAUAGGCACACAGUUACUUAAAUAAAGCUUCUUCCUACUUAGAAUUGGCAAAGCAGAAUGAGAGUAACUCACAGAAUUUGACGAUAACGAAGUCUAUCGGCGGCAGAGGGUGAAAUACCUCUGGUACGUCUUGAGUGGUGAGUCAGGAUCGAACGAAAAAACGAGACAAACGGGAGUAAAUCACGUAUUGUAAAUGGCAUGUAAACUUUUGUAAAGAAAGUUUAAUUGCUUCAAUGCAAUUAUCAAGCCGAGAGAUUCGAGCAAUAAAUGGUAUUCGACACUGAUUACUGUGUUCUGUAAUUGUAAAUAGAACUUUGUAGAAACUGUACCUGCAACGCCCUGUUUUCCUAUUAGUUUUAAUUUUCAAUCAAGUCUAGAGGCUAGUUUCAGUUUGUUAGUUUAACAAUCAGUUUGUUUAUGAUUAUCAAGUUUAUAUGACAAAUUGCGAUACGAAUGAAGGAUACAGAUGUAUAAAAUAAAUACAGAUUCUACGUACGUAAGUUGGAAUUGAAACUAUGUACCUUUAAUGCCAGUUUUCAGAUUUAAAUAUGAAAUAACAAACAUAACAUUCUUAUCCGUUGAUGUUGACGUUGAUUAAGAAGGGAAUCGAAAAUAAAGAUUAAAUCUCAAGCUUAUAAAAUUCAAUUGAAAUUUCAAAUCUUUAAGAUAAAUAAUCCUGGAGCUCGAAUACACGAAAUUCAAUUCAAAUUACAAAUAUACAAAAUCUAAUCCAAAUUUCAAAAUUAUGAAAUUCAGAUGAAAAGAUCUAGGAUAUUCUGCAGUGUCUGCAGCAAGCAUAAAUACAUGAUGGAGAUUAAGCAAAUAUCAUAUUUGCAGUAAAAGCUUCUAGUUUGUGAUGUAUAACCGUGAUUCACCUAAUGUACCUAAUCGCUACUUGCCAAGUCCAAGAUGAACAGAUAACAUUGCGGUUGGCUUUUGAGGUUGUUUUGCCUAUCUAUUUACGUUACCACGCACUUAAACUUUCUCGGUGUUAUAAGCUGGCUUCUUCUAAUAUAAUAUACACAGUAGGUAUCUAAUAUCUAAUAUAUUGGAAUGAGGUGCAGAUGUUGUCCGUGAUAAUUGUAGCGCUGGCUGUAGAUGUCGCUGCUGCUGGGGUACUGCUGCUUUUUCUUCUCAUUUAUAGGCGUGGAAGAAAAAUCUGACUCCGGUCACCGGAAUUCGAACCCGGGUUGCUGCUAAGUGCCGCCACAGAUUUUGAAUUUUUUUUUUUUUUGGUAGACUAUUUACAAUUAAUUCUCGUAGAGAAUUUUAAGUAACUUCAUUUGGCGUGGUACAAUAGCUUGGUUUAUAAUAAUUUAUAUUAUGUUGAUUCUAGUUGAAUUUAAUGCUUCAAUCUAAAGGGUAUUUUCUUUUUAGUCUGCGGAUCUGGUCCGUCGUGUCAAGUAGUUGGGUUGUAAUGAGUAGUAAUGGGUUGUGAUGGGUUGUUGACUCUUGUGUUAUAUCUGCCUAUAAAGUGGGUAGAAGGCUAAUUGGGCGAUAGGAGCUAGUUUCUUGUAUUGGUUUUCCGGGUUUAGGGAUGAGAGUUAUCAUUGAUAUUUUCCAGGGCUUCGGAUAAUAUUCAAGACAAAGGAUUGCAUUGAAAAUUGAUGUGAUGAUUGAAAUCCCUUUUAUGGGAAGUUCCUUGAUUGCUUUAUUACUUAUUUGGUCAUGCCCCGAUGCUUUCCUGGGAUUUAGGCGACGGAUUAAUUCUGUAACCUCUAGAGAAGUGAAAGGUUUAAUAGGAGGAGACAUUUGGAAGGGAGAGUGCAGAUAUUCCGUUAUUUCCGGGGCAAUGUUGGAGGAAUGGGGUUUAAAUACGUUGGAUAGGUGUUUAGCGAACAGGUUGGCUUUUUCUUUAGGACUAUGCUCAUCUAUAGGACUGUGCCCAUCCGCCUUGCGGACAGCGAAUUGAAGGGAUUAUUUGCGGGGGACGCGUGAGUUUCCUGGAAGCCUUCCAUAGUGAGUAGUUGGAGUCAGCUGUGGGGGACAAAUUGGCGAGAUAUUUUUGAAAACAGCCGUUUUUAUAUUUUUUGAUGAUUUUGGUUAACUUCCUAGUUGCGUUGUUUAGUUUGCGUUUGUCAUCCGGUGUUCUAUGGGUCUGCCAUACUCUUCUUAGUCUACGUUUUUCUGCGAUUUUUUUUAAUAUGUCAUGGGGAUAUUCAUGUUUGCUGAUAGAAGUCUUAGUAGGUGUGGAGGAGCGGAUAGCGUUUGUUAUGCCCGUGUUUAAGUAUUCCGUGGCUGUUUCGAUAUCUUCAUUUGUUUUUAGUGAAAUUGAGGCUGAAGUUGAGUGAUUAAAGACUUCUCUAAAGAGCUGCCAGUUGGUGAGUUGGAUAAAGCCAUUAGGUGGAUUCUCGAUAAUUGUUGACCGAUUGUUGCUAUAACGGGGGAAUGGUCAGAAGAGAGAUUAGCCGAGGAAUUGAUUUGGACAUAUCUUGGCGAGAUAUUUUUAGUUAUGAAGGAGUCAAGUAAGUCAGAUAUUUUGUUAGUAUCAGUGGGUCUGUAUGUGGGUUCAUAUGUGGUGAGGUAUCAAGGAAGUUAUCGAAGUCUUCUUUAGCAAUGGAGUGUCUGGGAGGGCAAUAUACUGCUGAGGUGGUGAUUGUGCCAUGGCAGUCUUCUAUUGCUACGUUUGUAGCUUGGAGGUAGUCCUUUUGGAAUGAUGGAAGCUCGUAAUGUUUAAUGCUGGAUUUGAUAAUGAUUCCGGUGCCGCCGUGGGCCUUUCCACUGGGAUGUUGAGUGUGGUAGAAGUUAUAACCGUUUAUUUUCAGAUAGUUUUUGUCUGUGAAGUGGGUUUCAGAUAUGAGCAUUAUGUCGAUUUGCUGUUGUUUUAGGAAGAAUUCUAGUUCGUAUUUGUGUUGAGCUAGACCGUUGGCAUUCCAAAGAGCUAUGCUUCUUGGUUUUAUUUUGCGUCGAGGCAAAUUAAUUUAUCCAUGAUGAGUGUUAAUAAUGAUAGUAAGUUAUUUAUUUGUUCUGAUUGUUUUUCGAUUAAUUUUUCGAGUCUAGAGAAGUUGUCUGUGUUUUAUGGAUUGCGGAUACUAUUUUAAGAACGGUCCCUGUGGCUAUUCGGAUUAUUUUGGAUUCCUUGUACUGCUUGGGCAUAAGAGGUUGAAGUAGUGGUGAAUUUAGGAGAACUGGGUAUUUGGUUGGUUGUCUCUUUGGCUCUGAGUUUAGGAUACUUCUUUAUGUAUAGGGUUUUGUAGGCUGAGCAAUCUUUGUAGUUAGCAGGAUGGUCUCCUUAACAGUGGAUGCACUUCGCUGAGGUUUCCGGUGAUUUACUGCACUGGUCAGUGGGGUGUGUACCUGCACAUUUAACGCAGCGGAAGGUAUGGUUGCAGUAUUUUUGCGUGUGACCGUACCUUUGGCACCCUUUACAUUGCACUAUCUCUUUUUUUUAUUAAAGGAGGUUCGAUUUUUACUACCGAGUUCAUUAGUCGAGUUAUGUUAUAGAUUUGUUUGUUAUUUGGUUUUUGUUUUAAGUCGAUGAAGAAUAGGGAUAGCGGGGUUUCUGAGAUUCUAUGUCUUAUGUUGCUGAUGUUAAUUACUUCAUGACCAAGUUUAAGGAGUUCGAACUUCAGUUCGUCUAAGUUAGCCGAGUGGUGGAUGUUGCGCAGUACCACUCGAUAAGGUCUUUCUUGUUUAAGUUGGUAGGUGUGAUAGUUAGCAUUCAAUGUUUUUAAUAGUUUUGUUAUCUUUCUAUAUGUGCCUGGGUUAGCCGGUAGAAUUUUGUCUUGGUUGUUGUUUAUUUUUAGUUUAUAUUCCUCUUUGUUGAUUUCUUUCUCAAUGGACUUUACCAUUGUUUGUAUAUCGAUGACAUGGUCAACAAAUAUAGGUGGGGGAGGGGAAUUUUUUUGCGUGUGUUGGUUAGUUGGUGAAUCUGCAACGUCCGUGGAGUCGUUUGUGAAUUCUAGUAUUGAGUAUCUAUUGUAUGUGGUUACACAGCUUCUUGACUGUUCAUUCUGAUUAGCGUUUGCGUUUGUUUUAACUGAUUCGAGUUUACGCUUUUUAAUGUUUUUGGUGUCAACAGUAUGGAGGGAUAUAUUGCCCCCCUGCCACGGAGGAGGUAGCGCGGUGCAAUCAUGGCCUUACACAAGGGAGCCUGGUCGCGAUUCUUGGGCCAUCAUCGAGCUUCAAUUAAGCUUAAUUCAAGUUGAAUAACUACUCGAGAGGCUAUGAGGCUAUGAUUCGGGUAGAGCUUAGGAGCGUUGGGGUUUUUCACUAAUAAGAUAGGAAACACUUGGAUUAUGUUUGUUUCGAUUCACUUUCGACGGAUGAGCGUCACGUGUUGUUUUGUGAACUUCACAGGGCACUAGACACACUUCUGCACGCUUCGGUUUUCGGGCUAAAACUGAUGACUGCUUUUGAAUUGUAAUCUGCUUUUUUUAGACACCCUAAAUUUUGUAUCCGAAACAUCUAUACAUCUAUAUCUGGAAUUGUCUACCAAGUAGAAAAAUAAAACGAUUCCGUUUCUUAAUAGUUGCUUUAUUAUUUAAUCGUUUAUCAAAACAGAUUCCAUAAACUAAAAAUGUGUGUUUAUCCUCAUAUCUAUAUAUGCAUAUAUAUCGUAGAAUAGAAUCAUCUUCUUGCUCUAAAUCAUUUGAGACUCGUUCUUUGUCAAAGUUCAUGGUUUUGAUUAAUUCACAGGAGGUGGUAAUCGUUGACGACACUUAUUAAAGAAUCGGUACGCUCUGUGAGAUCGUUUGUGACAACAGAGCGUACAAAUUCUAAAAUAAAUAACGUAACACAGUCGAAUUUCGAAAAACUGCAAUUAGAUAUGCAGCCGUUUUUAAAGAAACUCUGAGAAUCUCUUUCACGUGCUGAUACAAGUCUUUGAAUAUAAAAUAUUUACAAUAUAAAAUAUCCACAGGUAGAACAUCUCAAGCAACAUUUCCAGUCUGAUUUUCUAUGUUUCCAGCCUGUGUUCGGAAAAUCCACCGUUUACGACGUAAUAUACUUGCCCUAUAGGACUAUGCGUGUCGCAAUUCAAUGUCUCUCUCUCGGUAAUCAUUAUCAUGCCACGGUGAAAGCAGAAAAAGGUGCGUUGCAAUAUGAAACUUUUAACAGGAUUUAUAAUAAAACGGACGGAAUCUGUUGCACGAUAGCACAAAUAAACGACUUAUUUUGUUAAAGCUAGAGUACAAGCAGACAAUUUAAUAAAUGUAUACAUUUAUUACUCGAUAUAGGAUAUGCAUUUAAAAAAUAUCGGCUAAAUAACUUUGAUAAAUGGUUAAAGUAUACAUAUUUAUUGAAUAUUUCAACAUACUUGGUUAUGGUUUGAUCGCACUUGGCUGUAUCUCUGUGUAUCUCUCAAAGUGCUUCUAUAACGACUAAAAAGUUCGGAUUUGCGUCGUUUAGUCGCAAUUUACUUAAAACUUGUAUUGUUCUUAUCUUUUGUUAUUUCUCUCUUUUGUUGCACAUAGUCCCAGAAGGUUCGAAACUUUCUAGUUAUUCGAUCCGAAUCCUAAUAAUAAUAAUAUCUACUUGCACCCUGGUACUUGAAUCACUGAAAUACAAUGUACAGAAGUAGAACAGCUGUUCUAUUCCCCGACCUUCUACACGAAAUCCAAUCUUGUCUUGACUCUACCACGUAAUUUCUACAAUGACUACAUAAAGGCUACGUAAUUGUAAAAAGCAUAUUCUUUGAAAUGAUUGAGAUCAGCUACCCAACGGAUGAUUCCUCCGCGACACAGUUCUCCACUUUUAACAUAUAGUUACACGUUUCUGUGUUGGUGGUGGAACGUUUCUACAAAUUUAAUCAAGCACUCGAUGCGGUCUUGUAAUUGGCAGAAAUCUCGACCGCGAGUACGCGGUCCACCGGAAGCUCGUGAAAAGUGUGCGGUUGGUCGAGCUUCUACUUCCACCUCGUUCCUUGCGUCGAGGUUUGAAAACCAGCAGUUGUAGUCGACCAAACUAUGUAUUUCCAUGGAGAAGAGAAAUAUCAAGUAUUAUUUCAUUGCAACGCGAGUGAUUUGGGUGUGUAGUGUAUGCAGCUGUAUGUACAGUGGAGCGUGUACAGUGUGUCUUGUAUGUAUCGUGCUUCUUAUGUACCUUAUUUGCAAGAAAACAGAGGCUAUAUUGAACGUUUACUGUAAUAUAAAACGAUCGUUAUCCUUGAUACGAUUGUUGUGUGGUCAGCCGCGGACGGGACGAUCGCGGUGCAUGUGUGAAAUUUAUAUAAACAUCGUUUAUACCUGCUACUAUGUUUAUACUUGUUAGUUAUUUACAGAGGCAAAGAAUUCGAGGAAACGUUAGUCCUUUCUACUCUAUGCAAAAUUUCCGAUAUGCUGUCAAGUCUAUUCUCGACUUUCAUUUUAUUUUAGCUUGAAAAGUCACUCCUUAAAUUUUGUUACAUCUGCCGCCGAACACCCUGUAUAUAUCCAUCUAAUGAGCCAGCUUGACCACUUUGCUCUUUCCACUUUUGACCACUUUUGUCUCUCUUGCUCUUUCGUUUUAAAACUUCGAGAACUGUUAAUUCCUUCCACGAUAAUUAAUAAAAUGAAAAAUAACACAAGAAUAAAAUUCUUGCACUCGAAGCCACCGCUACAUAAAUCGCACAUCACGCUAAAUAAUAAAUCGUCGGAAUGCAAAUUAUUAGUACACUCGCAGGAAUUUAUAAUUCACCGUAAAGAACAAAUGAACUUUCAUAAAAUUCUUUUCCCUUUCUAGUCUCACACUCUACUUCGUCUCUUACCACCAUCUUUCUAAACCAUUACAGGAAGAAAAAAGAGAAGACGACAGUACGAGUUUAUUCAUUCACCGAAGCGAGCGAAUAAAGUUUUGCGCAACUCUUCUUAAGUUUUUAACCCUCUGAUCUCGCAUUUCCCUUCGUCCUUCUCUUUGCGCAUACUAUUUACUUUAAAUUAAGAAACGAAAAAAGAGGAAGUAAAAAAGGACAAUUGUCUUAUUUAGACGUAUGUUUUUUUAUCGGUUUUUAUCUCUCACGAACCUCUUUAAUAACGUACCUAUCAAAACAGUGUUGGAAGCGAGCGUCGUAACAUCUAUACUCGCAGCCACAAACAACUUUUUCUCGCGAAAAUCAUGUGUCCACGUGCGCACGUCGGUCUUCGUUUGCGCGACACGCGUUUCUUCGAUUUCAGGCGCAAGCUUGUCUUUUUUCUAAUUUCUCGUUUACUCCGUUCUUUAUUCUCGUCUACUCGUUGACCUUUGCCAACUUAUUAAGAGCUUGGAACGAUGUUAGAUUUAUUAUCGUUACAGACAGCGACUCCCUCGUUGGAUAUAGUAAAAUCUUACACGCUAAAGAAGUCGUCUAGAAUUAUCGUGAUAUGGCGUUGCAACUCGUUAAUUUAUUGUUCGAAAGCAUUUCAUUGAUCUCGUUCUCUCUUCUCUUCUUCAAUGAGUCAUUUCGUCCUUUUCUUCUCACAAUCCUUUCUCUAUUGUAUACGUAUAACAAUACGAAAUGAUUCGAGGUAGAGAUCAUUAAAAAUCUAUGUUUUUUUUUACUACUUUUGAUUUCUCUUAACCCUUUCGUGGGCACAAAAUUUUCUUCGACGCUACUAAUUUUUGUAAGAAAGCAACAAUUUCAGUACAAAGCAUCGUAUUCAAUAAAAUAUAUUCUAUGUUUGUUUUCAUUAAUUUAUCUCUCUUUCUUUCUACCAUUGCUUACGAAUAAGGGUAGUAGAUGCUUAUUAAUUAUCACACGUGUACAAUCACAAUUUUAAUACGAUAUUUUCAACAUAAACCAUAUUAAAUAAAACGUGCGAUUAGUUCGGUAAAACCAAUUUAUCUCUUUCCUUUGUACCAUCCCUUAGAAACAAGGGUGGUAAAUAAUAUGGCGGUAAAUAUCAUCAGCUGUGCCGAAUAUAUUUUAUUAAAUUCAUAUUUAUACUAAAAUUUGAUUUUCCGUUUUCUACGAUUGUUUACGCGUUUGAUUUAGCAGCAUAGAGGAAGAGGGAAAUUUAUUUUCAACUAUUUUCGCCGCCUAUGAAAGGGUUAAGUUCAAUCAUCAUGCACGCGUGUAUCAUAUGUCUGCGUGGAAGAUGGAGGUUUGAGCCACAACGAUCGUGAAUCUACGCGUACACCACUUUGCGUUAUAAAAAUACAUGGAUAAAGUGUAAGCGAUACUUGAACUGGCAAUCCACGACGAUUGUGCCCGUAAUGCGAACAUUCUUUCUUUACUUCAAAAUAUCAUAGAAUUAGGAUAUUCGUACUCGAUUUCUCCUGCGUCUCUGACGAAACAUCUUUCUUAAUUAAUUAUCAAAUCGAUAACUCGUGUAGCUUUUCGUAAUUCAAGCCUGAAGCGCCUUAUUGCUAUCGGAUUUAAACAUUGGAAGCUUCAACGAGUGGUUCGUGUUGUGUCGUUGUUAAGUUCAAUUCGUGAUCGUGUCUUUCGUUAUACUAAUUGUAAGUACCAGAAUAUUAAUUAUAUACACGCCUGUAUAUAAUUAACUAUAUAUAAGAAUAGUUGCGCAGAAGGAUAUGGUGUGAAUAUCGGAAGAAUGACGAAUAUUGCAACGUGACAACGUUUGACAAAUUUCUAAUAUUUGUACCAUAUCGCAUGAUACCGUGACUUGACAAAUUUCCAAUACUGAUACCACUGAAUAUUAAAACAAUUUUCAUCAUCGUAUAUGCAUGUACUUUCCUUGAUGCGCCUUGAUAUAUUUUUACGUCGGAUCUCGCCAGACGAGAAAUUUUUAUUUCAAAUUCCAUUCCAUUCUGCGCUAACUUUCCCACCUUUAAUUCUUUUUGUCGUGUACAUGUUAUACUAUUUCUCCGUUAUAUCCAUUAUCUAUUCAAAUUCACAAAUUUCCAUUGCAGUGCAUAAUGGCAGUACCUAACCCAAACUUAAUCUAACUUUUUCAUCGUGAAUGAAAUAACGUUUCAUCAAAAACCCGCGACUAGAUAAAUCGGCUUACUUGCGUUAUCUUCCUAAAGAAAUCGAAUAAUUUAAAUAUUUACUUUACGCUUCAUAGUCUCACGUUACUAUAUCUACCUCGAAACAUUCGCCCAACAAUAACAACAACGUUAAUCGAUCGGUCGACAUCCAUGACGGGAAACUGAUUAAGCGUUAAGUAUCGUUUACGCUAGACUCGAGCUAAGUCUCACUUUAGAUAAAUCGUCUCUUGGCCUAAUUUCACAAGAACAGAUAUGUAAUCGCUAGUAAAUUUCUGACGCGCUACGUUCGUGAUCUUUUUUUUAGAUUUUUUAGUUUUUCUUUGCACUCGUUCGCGAAACUGAUAGAUUACCGUUUCCUCUACAGUUUUGUGACUCGCUUGGCUUACUCUUACCGACUAAUAGUACUACUAUGAAUAGUACUACGUUCAUACUGUUUAGGAAUUUUCAGACGCUGGUCAGCGGAGAGAAGAGAGCGGAUGCGCUCGUUUCGAUCUCGAUCAUGUGACCGAAUUCCGUGUUUUAAAAAUGAUGACAAUUGAAAAUAAGUGGCACUUUGUUUCUUACUUAAUUUGUAAAAUUAUUAAAAAAAUCGCGAGCACGACGGUUUACCAUUUAAUAAAAAAAAAAAAUUAAAGAACUUGGUAGAAAAGGAAAAUUUAUGCUUUUUUUAAUUUGAUUUAAAUUUCUAAAGCCUAGAGAGAGAGAGAGAGAGACAGAGACAGAGACAGAGAGAGAAAGAGCAUUGGACAUGUAAUCCGGUGCUUCGGUGAUAGAAUGGAACCGGAAACUACCUCGUGCGACAAUCGCUACUCUCGUAAAUCUCUACUCUUGAUAAUCGAUUCAUCGUUAGACGAAUGAUCUGUUAAUUGACAGACCUUGUGAGCAGUGUGGAAAUAGUGAAAUUGUGAAAAAAUUGAAACUGUUGAUUGAGAAGCUAUUCCUUAAAUUUAAAAUCUCACGAGAUUCCACAGGGUGAUUUCCUGGUAGAUUUGAUUUAGCAAGAAAGGAAAAGAAGAAGAAGAAUGAAAGAAAGAAAGAUAUAAUGUAGAGAGAAUUGAAACGGGGCAAUGCGCUGUCCCCUCACGCCAACCAAUAACGUACACGCAGUUUGUUUUAAUAUCUCACGCGUGCGUUCGUUAAUUACAAUUAUUAAGGCUACUUCAAAGCGGUUACAAGUUACAAUACGGUAGUAAUAAUAAUCGACAAACUUUCCACUCAAUUUCGCCGUCUAUCGGUCUUUAUCUCUACUAUGUAUAUAUGUGUGUAUAUAUAUAUACAUAUGUAUACAUAUGUAUAUAUAUAUAUAUAUACACACACACACACAUACAUACAUAUAUGCAUAAUUCAGUUUAUGUAUAAUCGGUGUGAUGUUUCCUGUUUAGUGUCGUUAAUCUUUAGUAAUGGUAAUAGUUAAUCGUAAUAGUAGUGAUUAGUAGUAAUUAGUAGCAAUAUAGUAAUAAUAAUUCACGAUAAUAAUAAUAAUAAAUCAAUAAUAAUAAUAGUAAUAAUAAUCCAUAGUAAUAACGUUAUCAUUAUUAUCCUCACUGUUCCUCGUUAAACUGUUGUCUGUAUGUAGGUUACAUAAUAUACAUUGUAUGUAUAUUCACGCGGGUUCAAUCUUUUUUCUUUCGCGGUUCCUAUCUUUCUCCUUCUUCAACUUUCAUCGCGUUGUUUACCCGCAAAUCCUCCAUCUUUUUUCGUUCUGAAAUCUUACGAUCUAUAGAAAGAUGGAUCGACCACGAACGAUCCAGCCAGUUUGGGAAUCCCUUUAUCUUCGCGCUGUGUUCUUUUUUGUUUCCGAUUUCACGUUUGGCGCUCAUUCGUCAUCGAGAUCACGAGCACGAGUUUCUUGUGGUCCGACAUAUUUUGCCUCGUGAUCACGGUGACCAUCCUUGCUCGACUGGAAUCGAUAGUCGUCGCGGUUAUAUUUGGCUUAAUAUUUCUUUUGUUUGUGCUUUAUUUUAUAUUUUUGUCUCCCUUCCGUUUUGAUUUAUUUUAUUUAUUGAUUUGUCUCGUUGAGAAAAAGGAUCGGACGAACGUCGUGGAAGAUUGGAAGGAGCGACUCGAAAAACAUAUUUCGAGUAUCGGGAAAGGUUCAGCGAAGAAACAAAAAAGCAGGCGUUACGAAGGAAAAUGUGGAAGAAUAAGCUUGGUAAAUGGAAGAAGUUGAGGAGCCAAAUGGAAAACCGAUUGUAAAAUGAGCAGGAUUCUGAGGGAAUGAAGAAAUCGAAAAUCGAUUAUCGAGAACCAAAGGAAAAGUCUUUUAAGGCGGGAAGCGGAGAAGUAAGGUUUCGCGGCGAACAAAGAAUACGGGGAGGGAGUAAUUUUUCAUUGAAAAUGAAAAAAAGAUCAUCGUUCUUGUUAAAUACAGAAUGCCAAGUAAAAUUCACUUUCGACAGAGAAAUCUACCGUACUCUUCGAGCCUCCCAAUCGACAUAAGAUGAAAAAGAAAAACUACUAAAGUCGAAGUAAAAAAUUGAACGAUGAAUAAUUAUAAAUUAGAAUAUCUGCAGAGUUUAGAUAAAUCAAAUACAAUGUAAACAUUUAAUUUAAUAAGGCGGCUUUAUCCGAUGCAAGUAUAAACGUGGUAUAAUUUA